AUGUCGUCGUCGUUGACGAUGGGAAGAAUCACGUCUUCAUCUUCAUCGCUGAAAACGAAAACGAAGAAUUCCUUCGUCGUAAAAAAAAAGACGACGACGACGACGAUGAAUUUCAUCAACAAUAAUAUUAAUACAGUUAGGUUGAGGAAAAAGCGUUACAACUUUUCAACUUCGUUCAACCCUGCCACCGCCGCUUUGCACACCACCAAUAACAACAACAACAACAACAACAACAUUCAUACUAUUAACACAACAACACAUUCAACGAGUUUUUUUGAUGUGAGUACUUCUUCGAUGCAACAACAAAAUCGCCGCCGAGGAAGAAUGUCAUCAAAAACAAAUGCAGCUGCAUCUUCGGACGAACCACCACAAAAAAAAGUAACAGAAAGUAAACCGCGUUUACCUGCGAUGGAUUCCAUGCGAUUCUUUCUCAUUGGAUACAUCGCCAUUGGUCAUUUCAUCGCGUGCGCGACGAGAGACCCUCUGCUAUUAAAAAUGUUAUCGCAAGUCAACGUCGUCGUCGGCGCUUUCUUCGUCUUGUCCGGGUACGUCGCCGCGUACACGGCGUCAGAGUUGAACAAGUACGAACACACGGAAAAGAGAUUUUUACCGACAAAAGUUGCCUACACCAUUCAAAGAGUCAUGGGGUAUUACCCGUUGUAUUUUGCGACGCAAAUUCUGUUCAUGCCAGUGUUUUUGAUCGCUGACGUGACUUACAACGGAUGGGCAAAGUCAGCCUUGCACGCCGGUUUGACUUUUUCGCUCUCGCAGGCGUGGUUCCCGUCGCACGCGGAGUUGUGGAACGCGCCGACGUGGUUUCUCAGCGCGUUGACGUUUGCGUUCGUGGUUUUACCGUACGCGUUGCCUUCGAUUGCGAAAUUGAAACGGAAGGGAUUACAAAGAUUGUUCGUAAAGUUGAUUUUGUUGACGUGUUUGGUGAAGUUUGCGUAUUGCUACGACGUCUCUGGUUUUGCAUUUUUUGAGGGCACCAUGCCGCCAAAAACGCACCCGUCGUGGAUGUUUUGGAAUUCAGUUCGGUUUUCUCCGUUGUUUUCGACAAUUGAUGUGUUGAUUGGUGCGGUUUCUGCUCGAUUGGUGAUGAUUGACGGCGUCGAGAAAGUAAACUUUGAUUCUGUUCUUCAGAAACCGGUUAUUCCGUUACUCUUGAUGAUUGGUUUGAUCGUCGGGAGAGGAUACUCGAUCGUUUCCAUGUCUGACGCAAUUGCCAGGAGCAUUUUCGUACCUCUGUUUGCGUGGUUUACUAUGAACAUUCACCGCGAAACGGUCAGUAGCAGUCCUCGGGCGAGCCAAUUUUCAAUCUCGAGCGUUCUGUCCUGGAAACCGUUGACGUAUUUAGGGGCGAUUUCCUUCCCUAUUUACAUCUUACACGGACCAAUUGGCCAGAUAUUCUAUAAAAGAGUCGUAGCGAAUAAAAUUUUCGGUUUCGUAUUCACGUCGAAACCGGAAUUUUUCCCGGUCUGGAUUGGAAUCGUUCUCGUCAGUGCGGCGAUUGUAAACGACGUCUUCUUGAAGAAUAAGAAAGUGCAAGAGCUGUCGAAGAACGUUUCAAACUCGUUGGUAUCGUUAUCUAUCUCCGAGUAA